AUGAAUUAAUAAAACAUUAUCGAAUUCUAUCCACACAUACAGGAACAGUUCUAAUCAAUCCUUUUCAAUUUGUACAGAAAUGAAACUUUACAAAAAUAUCAUAGCAUAAUUCAAUAAAUUAAAACAAAAUUCCCAUUUCCAAAAUAGAUGCCAUAAUUUAUGUAUCCUAAUGCUGAAUAAAUUUCAGAGUUCUUUCUAUAAAAUUAUUAACCAAUCAUUUUGGAUUUGCCCGCUCUUUGUUUGAAGCCUAAUGUGAAAAUAAAGUUAUACAAGAAUGCUGUAUAUUUUGGAGAAAUCCAUCAAGAAAUGAGACAAGGACAAGGAGUUCUUAUAAAAGAGAACAAACAAAUUUAUGAAGGGUAUUUUGCACUUGAUAAAAAAGAUGGGAUUGGGUUUGAAAUAUUAAAAGGAGAUACAUAUUAUCAUGGGCAUUACGUUUAGGGUUAUCCUCAUGGAGAAGGUGUUUAUAUGUCUGCAUCCCAUUAGUACAUUGGUUAAUGGCAACAUGGGAAGAAAAGUGGAAUCGGAUGGUGUGAAGGAAAUAAGAAUGACUAUUUUCUAGGGGGUUGGGAAAAUGGAAAGUUUUAUGGAUUUGGAUUACACAUUUAUGAUUCAAUUUAUUUUGGUGAAGUCAUCAAUGAUUUAAAGUAUGGUUAUGGAGAAGAAUACUUCCUUGAAGGUGACAUUUAUAAAGGGUAGUAUAAGAAUGGCCUACCAAAUGGUAAAGGUAAAUAUAUUUGGAAAAAUGGAAAUUAAUAUUAGGGUGAUUUUCAAAACGGUUUGAGAUGGGGAGAUGGAUUUUGGGAAUAAAAAACAGAAAAAGGCAUUUAAUUUUAUAAAGGUUAAUAUGUGAACGACAAGAAAAAUGGUCAUGGUCAUUUUCAUUAUUCGAAUGGCACUUAAUUUAUUGGUGAAUUUAAUGAGGAUCAAAGACAUGGAUAUGGAGAAAUAAUUUGGCCAGAAAGGGCUACAUAUAAAGGGUAGUGGAAACAAGGUUUAAUGGAAGGAGAAGGGAUGUAUUCCUAUGAAAAUCAUAAAUUACAAGGUAUUUGGAAAUAAAAUUAAUUAAUUUCAUAAGAGAAAGUUCGAGUCUCUUUAAAUUAAUUUCCAAUAUAACAUUAAUUAAAAGAUAUAGUUGAGGAUGAAGAAAUUUAAUCUCAAGUUGCAGAAGAGCCAGAUCAUGAAAAAAUUGGUGAUAAUUUUAAGAAAAUCUCUCUCUAAAGCAAAACUAGUCUAUGUGUUUCUGACACUUCUAAAUUUCCUUAAUUCAUUUAACUUUAAAAAUAAUAAGAUAUAUUAAUUGGUGGUCAAACCUAUCCAACAUAACGAAUUAAUCAAACUACCUCAAUUGGUAUUUAAACUGAGGUUAAUUCAACAAAAAAGAAAUUACUUACUGAAUUACCAUCAAUUCAAACAAAGAGAAAAAAUAUUUAAUCAAGUUACAGUGUUGAUAGUAAAACUAAGGUUAAAAAUAAGAAUUUGAGUGAAUCUAAUACAAAUACUAACUCUCCUAAUACGAGAGAAAGUGAAUUUAAAAAUAAUAAUCUUCAGUAAUCAUAAGAGAAGAAAUCAAGGAAAGUUAAAUAAAGGUUAUCUUUACUAACAAAAAUUGAAGAGAAAGUAUUAAAAAUUAGACUUGAAAAAGAAAAAUUGAGUCCUUAUAAGUUUGAGAAACUGUGGAGUAAAAAAGUUGUUAAUUAAGCUAGAUCUCUGAUAUAUCCACCUGUAUGGAUUCCUCCUUCUUUACAUCCUUAAAUAAAAAGAAAAUCGUGA